AUGGACCAAAAGACCCCAGCCACACUACUAGAGCUUGCUACAAAAAGUCUGCUGAGUAAUGAGCCUGCAGCUAUCCAUGCCCUUGAAGAGCUCCCAAGAGACACGUUCGUUCAGUUUCUCACUGCUGCGUUCUUGGGUGGUCAUAAGAAGGUACUGAAGGCAAUGGUGAGGAUUUGGCCCUUUCCCUGUCUCCACGUAGGAACAUUGAGAGUAUGCGAGUCACAAUAUGAUAAUUUGGAAGCCAUGAUUGAUGGCCUGCAGAUCCUUCCUGCCCAGAUCUCUUCUUUCAGAUAUAUGCAAAUUGAUAAAAUGCCUGUUUGUGAAUGUGUCCUGCAGUUUCUGGAUAUGGGAUGCAUUGAUCACCUGGAAGUGGAUGAGAUUUAUCUGAAUGAAAUCACCACAUUUUUGGCUCAGAUGACCCACCUCCACAGGCUUAGUAUGUCUCACAUCCCUUUUACAUCUUUUAUGAGGAGAAGCUUUGAGACGUUUCUCAACCAUCUUGUGCAGAUGGACACCCUUCAGGAGAUCAGCUUGUCUUACUGCCACACACAUCGCCUUCACAAACUGCUCAGAUGCCUGCCACCUCAGUUGGAUGCAUUGUAUCUCUCUUUCUGUCGACUUUCUAACAGAGACAUCACUGUCCUGUCCCAGAGCCCUGCAGCCACCCAUCUAAGAUUGCUGAGUCUCAGCAACGUCGAGAUAUCCUGGGAACUUUCUGAGUCCUUCCAGACUCUGCUGGCAAGUGUCUCAGGCACCCUGGAGUAUCUACAGAUAACUAGUUGCCUGAUAACUGAUUCUACUCUCACUGCUGUCAUUCCGGCCCUGAGCCGCUGUUCCCACCUCCGUGUCUUUAGCUUCGCCUCCAACCCCAUUACAAUGCGUGUGCUCACCAGUCUUCUGCAGCACUUAACAAACCUGAUGGAGUUGAAGCGUGUAAUUUAUUCUGUCCCUGUCCAUUGCUAUGAACAAUUACAUGAUCUUAGCAGUUUGAACCAACAGAAGCUUUCUGAAGUGCAGGCCCAAUUGAAGGCGAUGCUGCAGGCGGUAAAGAGGCAUGACAUGCGCUGGACCACUUCUCCUGAGUGA